AUGCUUCGGUUAACUGUUAUAUCCAUAUCUUUAUUCUUACCAAUGGUUGCUCCUAAACGACCUAUCAACGGAACUCAUUGUUCAAAGAGUCAGGUUAUCUCCCGUAUGACGGUGUUCGAGGAUGGAACUCUUGAGGCCGAGUGCGGGCCCGUUCCGUGUGGAGAGGUUGGACGUCGUUGCAUUGACGACCAGACGGGCUGUCGUGCUGACACUGACGUAUUCUCGGGAAUGCGGUGGGCUCCAAAUGGUCAGAGUGUAUUACUGCGAUGUUGUACGAUAAAAGUGCCGAACAAGAUUUAUGUGGGAACAGACCUGGUCACUGCUGGCUCUUAUUACGAAGGAGGCAUGGUUUCCGCGAAGGACAUGUACUACCCGAAGGGCAAAGAGUACGACUUCAUUGCCAACAUUCGAACUGAACAGUAA